AUGUCUCAACUCUCGAGACCUCAAGUUCCUGAUACCAUCGGGGAAGACGAAGAGGAAAUACCGACUAUUGGCUCGGACGCCGCAACUGGUGGACCCAACGCGCAACUAGCCAAUCACCCCCUUCUUGCUUCGUUGGUCCAGUCUCGGCUCCACGGUUUGGUCGGCCGCUCCUCGGGAUAUAUCGCAUCCCUCCCUUCUACGAUCAGACAGCGCAUCGAUGGCUUAAAUGGUAUCCAGGUCGAACACUCCAAAAUCGAGGCUGAAUUCCAGAAAGAGGUCCUCGAACUGGAGAAGAAGUAUGCCCACAAGUAUCAACCACUGUACGAGAAACGGCUCCAAAUCGUUACUGGGAAAAUCGAGCCUUCCGAGUCUGAGAUUGCGGCUGGCAUCAAAGCCGCUGAAGAAGACGAAGACGACACGGAUUCAGAAGCCGAUGGUGAACCACGCCCCCCUCGCGUUCCUCCGACUGCCGAAGAGCUUGCUCAAGCUCCCAAGGGAAUUCCCGAAUUCUGGGUCACCGUUCUCGGUAAUCACCCUGGGCUAUCCGAAUUGGUCACCGAAAGAGACCAAGCUGCUUUGAAAUAUUUAGAAGAUAUCCGAGUCUCUUACCUCGACGGGAAACCGGGCUUCAAGCUCACGUUCUACUUUGGCCAAGGCGCCAAGGAGUUUUUCGAGAAUACCUUACUCGAAAAGACUUAUUAUUAUCAAGACGAAGUGGGUUACACGGGUGACUUUGUUUACGACAGGGCUGAAGGCACCAAGAUCGAGUGGAAAGAGGGCAAAGAUUUGACCGUCAAAGUCGAAACAAAAAAGCAACGUAACAAAAACACAAACCAGACUCGUGUCGUCAAGAAAGUCGUUCCCACCGAUUCAUUUUUCACAUUCUUUAGCCCCCCCAACUCACCCUCAGAGGACGACGAUCUCCCAGAGGAGGAACAGGAGGAAAUUGAACAGCGUUUGGAGCUCGAUUAUCAGAUCGGCGAAGAUCUGAAAGACCGGAUCAUCCCCCGUGCCAUCGACUUCUUCACCGGUAAAGCUCUCCGUUACGAAGAUGGCGAUGAUGACGAUGACGAGGAUGGUCGUCUUGUGGUUCCUGGAGCGAGGAAGACCAAAAAAGCUCCAGUACCCCCCACCGGCGCCACUCCUGCAAGCCAUCAAGAUCCCCAGGAAUGCAAGCAGCAAUGA